CAGCAAGACAAUGUAAUACAGAUACACCACGACAAUGUUGGUGUGUCGAUAAACAUGGUAUUGAAGUUAAUGGGACACGACAAGUUGAUGAUCAUAUGCCACCAUGUGAUGAAGUUGAAGAUUCAAGAACAAAGCAAAUCAUAUAA